AUGAAUCACCAACAGGAGCAACUGGGGCGAGCGGUAGAGGCCUUCACCCCGCAACUGAGGCGAGUGGUAGAGGCUUUCCUCCCAUCGCAUAGUAUGAUGGUCAAGGCGAUCCUAGCCUUCCAGAUAGUCAUCUUGAUGAGAUUCCUCCUGGGAUACACGCUAUUCGCCUGGGUCGUCAUUGUCAUUGUCGCCGGCAACCCGAAAGCAGAGCAGCUCCCGUUUCCGUAUCUGGUCGUGAGCUUCCUCGUGCUUCUCGGCCUGCUUGAGGUGGUGUCUCUCAUUCUCAGAGUCUCUAGUAGAUGCGCCCAUCACCUGUUCGUCGGGUUUGUCACUGCAAUGUUUCUUGCAUACUUCUACCGGCUUAUUCUCCAAUAG